UUUGAACACACAGAUUCUCCUCCGAGCCCCAAACUAAUCAUCUCAGGAGAUCUGAAGGAGAAGGAGUCUGUCACUAUAACCUGCUCAGCUUCCACUCCCUGUCCACUCUCCCCUCCUAAACUCACCUGGACUCUCAAACAAGACUCUCUCAACAACAUGGAGGAAAACCCAGAUAAAACCUUCACGACUAAAAUCCAGGAGCAGAUCACUCUGACGGACAAACAUGAUGGAUACAACAUCACCUGUUCUGCCACAUAUCCUGUGAAUGAAGGAAAAGAAGUCAAGACAGCAGAGGAGACACAGACUCUCAGAGUUUCAUAUUCUCCUAAAAACACCUCAGCGUCCAUCAGUCCAUCAGGUUUGGUGUCAGCAGGUAUUCAUGUGAACCUGACCUGCUCCAGCAGAGCCAAUCCUCCUGUCAGCAGCUUCACCUGGUUCAAGAUCAGCAGAGAUGGACCCAUGAUCGUAUCUGAAGGAGAGUUUUACAGCUUUAAUGCCACAGAGGGAGGAGUUUAUUACUGUGUGUCCACGAAUGAUCUCAGUAAUCAGACAUCACCACAGAUCCAUCUGAGUGUUGCAG